AGCAGGACAAAACUAGGAUGAGUUUCGCACGUCAGUUCCAUUGAAGCCUGUACAUGUGAUAUAAACAUAUAAAUAUCAACACAUUUCCCUCUUUAAUCACAGAGAAUUGAAAAAGAAGCAUUUAUUUUUUCUCUUCAAUCUUUCAUCAAUCAUGCACAGAUUUCUGUCAAUCUCGUCCAAAUCAACCUUUCUCAGAAACCGCAAGCAGCUUCACCUUCCCUUUACUUGUCCAAUUUCCUGUGCCACUCCAAAUGGGCACUCCUGUUUUCACUAUUUGAAUCAAAAGUCGGCUUCUUUAGGCUCCAGGAUCGGUCUUCAUCGGUUGUUCUCAUCUGGGUACUUUCCAAAUCGUUUUAAUUUGAGGGAACAUGAAAGAGAUGGAAAUGGGUUUUUAAGGUUGAAGGGUUUAGUUGGGGAAGUGAGGAGUUUUAGUAGUGAAGCUGAUAGGGAGUCUAUAGAGUAUGAUGUUGUCAUCGUUGGGGCUGGCCCUGCUGGUUUAUCUGCUGCUAUAAGGUUUAAGCAAUUGUGUCAGGAAAAGAAUGCUGAUUUCUCAGUUUGUGUUGUUGAAAAAGGUGCUGAAGUUGGUGCUCACAUCAUAUCUGGAAAUGUUUUUGAACCUCGGGCAUUGAACGAGCUUCUCCCACAAUGGAAACAGGAAGAGGCGCCAAUAAAUGUCCCUGUGUCUUCUGACAAGUUUUGGUUUCUUACAAAGGAUCGUGCAAUUUCACUUCCUUGUCCAUUUAAUAACAAAGGAAACUAUGUUAUUAGCUUAAGUCAAUUGGUGCGAUGGAUGGGGGUAAAAGCUGAGGAAUUGGGAGUAGAAAUUUAUCCAGGUUUUGCUGCCAGUGAGAUAUUAUACGAUGCGGAGAAUAAAGUUAUCGGAAUUGGAACUAAUGACAUGGGAAUCGCCAAAGAUGGUUCUAAAAAAGAGAAUUUCCAGCGUGGUGUAGCAUUAAAAGGUCGGAUCACACUUCUAGCUGAAGGAUGUCGAGGAUCAUUAUCACAGAAAAUGAUGAAAAAGUACAAGCUGAGAGAGAAUGUGCAAGCUCAACAUCAGACUUAUGCUCUGGGAAUUAAAGAGGUUUGGGAAAUUGAUGAAAACAAGCAUAAGCCUGGUGCAGUUCUCCACACAUUAGGUUGGCCGUUGGAUUCCAAGACUUAUGGAGGUUCAUUUGUGUACCACAUGCAAGAUAGACAGAUUUCAAUUGGUCUUGUGGUUGCUUUGAAUUAUCAUAAUCCUUUCUUGAAUCCAUAUGAGGAAUUCCAGAAACUCAAACAUCAUCCCUCAAUCAGACCUCUUCUGGAAGGUGGGACUGUGCUCCAGUAUGGGGCUCGGACAUUGAAUGAAGGUGGUUUUCAGUCUGUUCCAUAUCCAGUUUUUCCGGGAGGAGCAAUUAUUGGAUGUUCCGCUGGUUUUUUAAACGUUCCAAAAAUAAAGGGAACGCAUACUGCCAUGAAAUCAGGAAUGCUAGCAGCGGAAACUACUUUUGGUGUACUUCAUGAAGGUUCCAAUAUGGAAGCAUACUGGGAUGCUUUAAGAGAUUCAUGGGUGUGGGAAGAACUCCACAAAGCUCGGAAUUACCGACCUGCGUUCGAGUAUGGGCUUUUUCCAGGCCUAGCCAUAAGUGCGUUGGAACACUACGUAUUGAAAGGAAAAUCUCCGUUUACGCUUAAGCAUGGGAAACCUGACCAUGAAGCAACAAAUGUUGCAAGGUUACAUUCCCCAAUUCAAUACCCAAAGCCAGAUGGCAUUUUGUCCUUUGAUGUGCCGACCUCUUUGCACAGGAGCAACACAAAUCAUGACCAUGAUCAGCCAGCUCAUCUUCGCCUGAGGGACCCCAAUAUUCCUGCAAAUGUAAACUUGCCAGAGUAUGCUGGACCUGAGUCACAUUAUUGUCCUGCCCGUGUAUACGAGUAUGUCCCAGAUGAAAAGAAUCACCUGAAAUUGCAGAUCAAUGCUCAAAAUUGCUUGCACUGUAAGGCAUGUGAUAUCAAAGAUCCAAAGCAAAAUAUUGAGUGGACAGUGCCAGAAGGAGGCGGUGGCCCAGGCUAUUCAGUCAUGUAGAAUAAGCGCCUCUCUUCAUCCUCGUUGCAAAUAUAGUUUAACUUCAGAACAAACACAUUUUCUUGGAAGUAAUAAGUCCAUCAAAAAUGGUGGGAAUUAUACACCAAUAGAGCUUAUCAAAUGAAAAGCACACAUUGGGGAAUACUAUUAUUCCAUGUACUGAAACUCUCUUUGAACCAAA